GUGCGUAAUUGGGGAACGUUUCUGAAGGGGACAGCGAGCAGCUCGGCGGGGUGAUUAAGAUCGACUUCCUUCCUCUGCCGGAGCACUAACAUGGAGUUGGGGGGUUAUAAAUGCCAGAAAAACAUUUUCUCGAACAAGCAAGUCUAUAGACUGCCGCAAUGCACGAGAACUUAAACGGACACAGCCGCGGUUCAAACAUGAAGGAAGUAACGGGACUCUUUGUUUUUGUGUUGACUUUCCUGGCGGGCAGAGCCGACGGGAUAGAGCCGAAUAGCGGAUUCUGCAUCGGGACUCAGUGCUUCACUGUGUUCCAAGAACCCAGCGACUUCACAGCCGCGCAGACCCAAUGCAGUGAUCAGGGCGGUCACUUAAUGACGGUGCGAUCGACUGUAUCCCAUGAUAUUCUGUCUAUCUUGUUGGGGAACUCGACGGGGCGCUUCUGGAUCGGUUUACAUCUAACGAGCGGCUGCCCAGACGCCGCUGCUGCGCUCAAAGGCUUCCAGUGGGUGACCAAAGAUAGCGUAAGUGACUGGUUCAACUGGGCGCCGAGUUUUGACAGCAGCUGUUCUUCCCAUCGCUGCGUCUCAGUUUCCCCAGAGGACGACUUGAAAUGGAUCCAGGAGCCAUGCGAGGAAGACGUGGACGGGUUUCUGUGCGAGUACAGUUUCAGUGACCCGUGUAAAGAUCUAACGGUUGCAGAUGGCGAGACCGUCACAUACAGGACCCCCAUGGGGAUUGUGGGCGAGGAUCUGCUGUCUUUGCCGCCUGGGAGCACCGCUAUCCGGAUGCCGGCUAAGACUAAAUACAUCUGCUUCUCGGAGCAGUGGCUGCAGGCGCCCUGGAGCUGCGAGAUACACCUAGGCGGGUGUGAGUACAAAUGCGCAGUGACCCCCAACAAUGUGCCCUCCUGCUACUGCCCCCCGGGUCAAACGAUCAACCCUGCGAAUAAAGUCACCUGCGAAGCGAGCGCAGAUGAUCCGUGUCUGCCUCUGCGCUGCGCGCACGCCUGCUACAAGAAAGGAGACUCCUACGCGUGCAUGUGUGACCACGGCUUUAAGCUGGCGCGGGAUGGCAGGUCGUGUACAGACUUCACCGACUGCAGGGACAAGCGCAAGUGUCCCGGGGAGAACUUCAAGUGCGUCAGCGUCACCGAAGGGUUUCAGUGCGUGUGCAAGGACGGAUACAAGAUGAGAGGCGGCCUGUGCGUUGACGUGGACGAGUGCGCGUCCGCUCCGUGUGAGCACCGGUGCGCCAACAGCCCUGGUGGCUACACGUGCUCUUGUGAUGACGGAUAUAAAGAGGACCCAAAGUCAUCUAAUAAGUGUAUUCUCCACUGUGGGAAGGAGGAAUGCGCCGCCGAGUGCGACCCGAACGACCAGUUCCAGUGCUUCUGCCCUGAAGGUUAUAUAUUAGAGGAAAGGGAGGGGCAUUCGUUUUGUAUAGACCUUGACGAGUGCUCUUCUGAUAAUUGUGAUCAGGGUUGUAAAAACACAUUCGGCAGCUAUGUGUGCACGUGCUAUGCGGGGUAUAAACUAGUUGAAGAAUUCCGGUGCGUAAAAAGAAGCGAGGGUGAUGGGGACACGGAUGGAGGGCUGGAGGGCUCCGGUGCGGGCACGACUCCGAACAUGCCCACAGUAUCAGCCGCGCCGUAUCCAGAGCCUACCCGGCAGCCGUCAGUGGUGACAGUGGGGGGUCUCGUGGGGAUAAUAGUGUGCACCGUGUUUGUGAUUGUGUUGGUGGUUUGUCUGGCUCAUCACAUCCUCAGCGGCAGAGGGAAGAGCGCAGGCGAGCUCAAAGCUCCGGAGGGCGAAGCGCACGGUUUACACCAAGUGACGAGUGAUGCGUAGAAGAAAAAGAAGGGGGGGGGUGGAAUAAAUAAAGCAAGACAUGUGAAUGUACAGAAGCCUCGGAAACAACAGAGACAUUUUUGGACAGGUUUUUUUUAAAAGCCUUUUUACAGUAAAAUAAUUAGGGAGACAGUAAUGUGGUUAUGAUGCCACAGGAGAUGCCACACAAAUAAUACAUAUUCAAGAUUUCUUUGAGGAUGGAUAUUCAUUGCCUUAGGACUGGCUCUAUGUACCAUUCAACUCACAUACACCACAUGCAGUGUAAUAAAACAUGACAGAGAACUUUUUUUUCAAGUUUGUGCUGGAACAUUAUUAAAUUAUAAAAAUGUGA